AAAUUGUCCAGGCAAGGCUCAAACUUGAGAUCCUUCUGCCUCAGCUUCUCAAAGUGCUAGAAGCACAGGUGUACACCACCAUGCCUGGCACUCUGUGUCUUAGCUACUUUUCCAUCUCUGAGACACAAUACCCAACACCCACAACUUUAGGAGAAGAGGUCUAUGUGAUUUCCAGAGAGGUCUUCUGAUUUCUGGUACUACAUAAUGAAGUUUGAGCUCUGGGUUUAAUCUUCAUUAGUGUAACUUAAAGUGCAGCAAGACUUUUUUGAGGCAGGGUCUUGCUAUGUAGUUCAGGCCUUGGCUGGCCAGCUCCAAGGUGGAAAUGGUACGGUGGGAGGGGCUGGGGAGAGGAGAGCCCCCAUCCCGUGGUGACCAAGAGGCAGAGAGAGGAGGGAGACCUAACCCUCCAGGUCACACCUCUUCCUUCCAGGAGCUACCUCUCCAGCCCAGGCCUGCAUCCUAACAACGCAGCCCGGAACUAAUCAACGAGUGAAUCCACUGAUGAGUACAGCACCCCUAACACCCAAUCACUUCCAAAAGCCCCACCUCUGAACACAUAAGGCUUUGGGGGGACAUCUAGAUCUUAAUCAUACUAUAAGUUCACAUGGGCCGGAUGUGGUGGUGAAUAGCAUAAUCCCAGCACUCAGGGGGCUGAGGCAGGAGGAUCACCACAAGUUGAUGCCCAGCCUGGGCAACAUAGUGAGUCCAAGACCAGCCUGAACUACACAGCAAGACCCUGUCUCAAAAAAAUAAAAACUAAGGUCACUAAGCCCAUCACGUGGACCCUAGCAACAUGUUCUCCCAAACGCCCAGCCUCCACAUUCUGUACCGCUGAGAGGGCUUUAACAUGAGAACUCCAGCAGGACACAAUUCAGUCCAUCAGCUGCAACAUAUCCUCAGGGUGGGGGCAGCGUGGGCCAUCACUCUGCCCACCACACCCACGGAGGUCACAAGGGUCUCUAUGACUUGACCGCUGGGCCCAAGCUGCUCCGGGCAGCCACGCCCACUUGGCAGGUGCUUCGUCCCGCUUCGGGCGACCCAACCUCCAGCUGCCAUGGCUGUUGGUACUGAAGACUCCAAUGACUCUGGCUCCAGGCUCCAGACCCUGAUUCACAGGGUCAAGGCCUGGCCCCUCAAAGCCCCUCUGCGCCUCUUGCCCCACCUCCACCCUCACCCCCACCCGUACCCCUGCCGCCUCUGUCCUCACACCCCCGGAUGUACACACACCCAGUUCGUGUUUCGUGGCGUGGGUGAGGGCCAUUCUGACCAUCUCCCAUGCCAGCAGGUGCUGGACACGGGAGAGCAGCUGAUGGUCCCUGUGGAGGUCCUGGAGAUACAGAACAACGGGCCCCUGUGGAAGUUUCUGCUGUCGGGCGCCGUAGCCGGGGCCGUGUCCUGCACGGGAACGGCGCCUCUGGACGCCAAGGUGUACAUGCAGGUCUACUCCUCCAAGAACAACCUUAUGAACCUGCUCGGAGGGCUCAGGAGCAUGGUCCAGGAGGGGGGCAUCCUCUCCCUGUGGGGGGGCAAUGGCAUCAACGUGCUCAAGAUCGCCCCGGAGUACGCCAGCAAGUUCUCGGUCUUUGAGCAGGGCAAGGGUUACUUCUGUGAAGAACAUGGGUCCCCAGCCUUCCAGGAGCGGCUGCUGGCUGGCUCCCUGGCCAUGACCAUCUCUCAGACUCUCAUCGACCCCACGGAGGUGCUCAAGACCAGGCUGACCCUGAGCCAGAAAGGCCAGUACCUGGGGCUGCUCAUUGAAGAAGAGAUCAUGAGGUGGGAGGGUGCCCGAGCCCUUUACCGAGGCUACCUGCCCAACAUGCUCAGCAUCAUUCCCUAUGCCUGCGCUGACCUAGCGGUCUAUGAGAUGCUACAGUGUUUAUGGCUGAAGUCAGUCAGGGAUAUGGAGGACCCCAGCAGCCUGGUCAGUCUGUUCUCCGUGACACUGUCCACAACCUGUGGAUAGAUGGCCAGUUAUCCACUGACUUUGGUGUCCACCCGGAUGCAGGCACAAGGUCAGCCUGGCCCUAGUGGCCACCACACAUGCCCUGCGUGCCUUCUCCAGCUUUGAAUUUCCUCAUCUUCUUGUUUUGGUCUUGGUUUUUUCGAGACAAGGUCUCCAUAUUAGCUCUUCUGCCUCAGCCUCCCAAGUUGCUGGGAUCACAGGUGUGCACCACAACUCCCAGCGUCCUCUUUAGCUGACUCCUAGACCUCCAGAGCUGAUCCUGGACACCUCUGCUGACCCCUGAACUCACCAAGACUUUUUUUUUUUUUGCAGUGGGGAUUGAACCCAGGGCAUUUACAGUGUGCUACAUCCCCAGCCCCUUUAGAUUUUGGGGUUUUAAAAUUUUGUGAGACAGGGUCUCCCUAUGUAGUUAAUCCUGGGCUUGAACUCACUAUGCA